CUGACCCCACACUCAGCAGUCCUGACGCCUCCAGGGACCCUCCACACCACACACAUGGCCUGCUACGACCUCUGCCGCCCCUGCGGACCCACCCCGCUGGCUAACAGCUGCAACGAGCCCUGUGUCAGGCAGUGCGAGGACUCCCGCGUCGUCAUCCAGCCUUCCACCGUGCUCGUCACCCUGCCAGGACCCAUCCUCAGCUCCUUCCCACAGAACACUGCCGUCGGAUCCUCCUCAUCCGCUGCCGUGGGCAACAUCCUCAGCUCCCAGGGAGUGCCUGUCUCCUCCGGAGGCUUCGGCUACGGCUAUGGCUUUGGAGGCCUGGGCUGCUUCGGUGGCAGAAGAGGCUGCUACCCCUGCUAA